GCUCGAACUAUAAAAGAAGCAAAUGAAACGUUCCAAGACAACAGUCCACUAUUGAAAUCGAACACGCUUGCGUUGACCGAGUGGGAAUUUUCGCAUAAAUUAAACCUUAAACGAUGGCAAAGUUUUUGGGUCCUCUGCUCUUGGCACUAGUCGUCUUUUUGGCCGUUGCUUCCGUUCAAGCGAGCCAUGAGACAGAAAAUGUCGAAGAAGGUACCAAUGUAAAGCACGGUUCGCGUGGAAAAUGCGGAGGACAUGGCGGCCAUUCUGGACACCAUCACAAUCACGAUCACACUCACGACCAUGAUCAUGAUCAUGACCAUGAUCAUAGCCAUGAUCAUAGCCAUGGACACGGUGAAGGUCGAGGACAUCAUAACCAUGGGCACGGCCAUAAGGAUAGCCCGAAGGAGCAACAUAGCAAUACCAAUCAUAACGAACAUCACGAGACAAGCAAUUAAAGUAUGAUAAUGAGAUCACAAACGAGGGCAUGAGAUGCUGUGAUUGAUAUAUCUACAAAUGAUUUACGAUAUUCUUUCAAAUGAACAUAUCGCAAUAAAUCAAUUAUUCAAAGUGCUAAAAUAA